CCUCUCAUCACAUCAGGGUGCAGGGUGGUUCAAUAGGCUAUAUUAACAUCCCGCCUCUCCGCUCAUAGCUGUGAGACACACAUGGAUAACUGGGAAACAGGGAGGAAUUAGACUACCAGAGAAAAUACCCUUGCUUCCUCCUUAUCUGUGCUAUAAAGGAAAUGCACUACCAAAUACACAACAGACCGAAUGAAUCACCGCUUACCAACAACAGCCUCUGGGUGCAUGUGGACAUGGAUAACCAGAACUUUACGCGCGGAUCUGGAUCCACAAACGAGAAGCUCCCGCAGCAGUCGCGCGCGUUAGGGGUCGGGACAGUAAUCGAUUUACCCAUUUUGAUGUUUGCAGGAGGUGCAAUUGGAAAUUUAAUCGCAAUAAUCGUUCUCUCAGUAUCAAGACAGGAGAGAAAAUCAUCAGCUUUCUACACGCUGGUGCGUGGUCUCGCGGUGACGGACCUGUUGGGCACGUGCCUCGCCAGCCCGCUCACCAUAGCAAACUACCUGGACCAGCAGGUGCUGAUGGACCGGCAUGCGUGCCAGUUUCACUCCUUCUUGUUGCUGUUUUUCGGGCUUGCAGGUCUAAGCAUUAUCUGCGCCAUGGCAGCAGAGCGCUACCUGGCCAUCUGCUGCCCGUAUACCUACGAGCGGUGGGGAGUGAACCGACGCUUUGCGCAGAAGUUCCUUCUCUUCAUCUACAUCAGUCACAUCUUCUUCUGCUGCCUCCCAAUGAUGGGCAUGGCGAGCAGCGAGCUGCAGCCGUCCGGAACCUGGUGUUUCAUAGACUGGAGGACGCAAAAGCCUCUGGCCGCCGCGUACUCCGUUCUGUACGGCGCCGUCAGCGUGCUGCUCAUCCUUGGCACCAUUGUGCUGAACCUGGCCGUGUGCGGAGCGCUGCUGCUGAUGCGCCAGAGGACCGUGCGGCGGCCCGUCACCAGGGGCAGCGUCCGACAGAGGUGGAGGGCUCUGUCCUCCGCUGCAGAGACUCAGAUGAUCGCGGUGCUGGUGACAACCUCCGCGGUGGUUCUGGCAUGUUCAGCCCCGCUAGUGGUCCGUGUGUUUGCAAACUGCUUCAUGACGAAUCAAGAGCACGAGGCUGACCUGGCUGCCAUCAGGAUAGCCUCUGUUAACCCCAUCCUGGACCCCUGGAUCUACAUCCUCCUCAGGAGGUCUCUGUUUCGGCGGUUACUCAGUUUAUCCAGGCGAGGCAGCAGCAUACGUAGCAGCUCACCCCCUACUCCAAAAAGGAAUUUCGUAUGUCCUGAACUCAAGACAGACCACCAUGUGUUCACACAGCCCAUGUUCAGCACAAACGUUAUCACUCAUCUGCCUGCCACCGUGGAGUUAACUCCAUGCAACACAGACCUAAAACACAGAGGACAAGUUUAACAUCUAUGAAUGUUUGCAGCUUCUCACAAUGUGAGAUGCUUUUAUGUAGAAAUAAACACUUUGCCUCAGAGACAGUGAGAUGGACAAACUGUGAUGACUCUGUGGACUCUGCUGAGUGGGACUCUUCAGGCUCCUGGUGGAUUAUUUAUUAAACAGAGGCAAAAGACUGCUCUGGUGAAUGAACAGCUUGCAUACGGCGCCUGCAGGAAAACAGGAAAUACAAGACUCUGAUACCAAAGAGUGAACAUUUAUUGUGUGCUUCAUCCAGCUGCUCCUGCCUCCUCCUGACCACCACACCUUUAUCAAGUUUCACUUUCCCUUUCUCAUUACCCCACCCCCAGCUCCUCCUUCCACCUGAUCAGCCAAUCCUCCAUGAAUGUGAAUGAAAAAGCUGCAGGUUAUUAAAGCUCCUGCUGAUUGAUCUGAUCUGCAGCUCAUGUAAUGUGGACACAGAGUUCAGAUGACUCUUCUUGUAUCAGAGGUGCAGGAGCAUCAUUACAGUCUGGUUUUACAAGAAACCGGGUGUUGUUAUAUUUGUUUGUAUUAGCCUGUCAUCCUCCUACAGAGACAUCCCGAUGGGAAUCUUUUCAGUUGCUACUUCUACAUUAAAAGACAAAUCAAACACUGAUAUAAAGUCAAACUAAAUAAUGAUGAUGGCUGUUUGCAUUAAAAAUCCUACAGCUCGA